ACUGCAACAAGUGCAUUAGUGAUGCUGGCGAACUCAAGCUUCCAAGAAGAAAGAUCUGCUUUUAAUGGGGCCCAACAGGGGAAUUGUUAUCUUUUCCCAACUAAAUCAUGAGUCUGCGAGGCGGUGGUGAGAGAGACGUGGGAAACCUUUGCGCCGUGGAGCGACUUAGGGGACUUUACCAUGGAUAAACAACAAAAACGCAAACACUCCGUUGAUGUUGGGAAAAGGUGGAUGCGGGGAUAACGUGGGCGACUAUGAGCAGGGAUGAACAAAAGGACAGAGUCUUGUCCACGAACGAAGACUCUUUUGUCCACACCUCCAGAGCUGACCCUGUGAUUCGCAGUCGUCCCCUCAGUGACCUAUAUCCAUUUCAGAGCAGUGCUGAAAGAAACGCUCCCUAUCUUCUGUCUGGGUGUAGCGCCUUGCUCCAGCCUGUGACUGUAGGUCCACACACCGAGGAAAACCGAUCCAAUGGCAUCAGCACCUCGGCCUGGUCCAACCCGCUCAAAGCUCAGCCUGAGGUUAAGCCCUCCAGAAUCAUGAGACUCUUUUCUAGCUCCGGUGCCACAUCAGCCUGUGGUCAAGAUGGCAGCGGCGGCCUGCAGUCCUGGUCAGGAAUAUCAGGAAUGGGUGUCGUGGACUCAUUCAAAAAGCUCCGCUCCUCUGUUCUCCAGGGCAUCCAGAGCAGAGGAGCUACAAACCUUAAUGGGGAACAUGUCCUGUCAACUAAGCAGGAGACUGUUAACAGCGGUGACCUCAGACUAGAUGUAGAAAAACAGUUUAACAAUGAAGGAGUUUCUGUGACAAAUGGAAACUUUUUAAACCAAAAACUUAGCCAGUGUGGCUCUGAUAAUGAGGACUUUGAUGAGGAGGAGUAUGAGGAAGUAAAUGGACUAACACGGAACUCGCGUUGCUCUAGGAGUAUCCGGCGAGCAUAUGGAGCAGGACGCAUCUCUAUUUUUGAUGUAGAAAAGAGUAAAGUGACAGUGGGUGGCAGGAGAGAAGCUGUGGACAGUCAGAAAACGGAUCUUAUCCAACCUUUGUCUCAGAGAGACAACGUUAGUGAAGGCCCUAAUAUCAAAGUGCUGAGCAGGCUAAGCAAAAGUGCAGAAAACCUCCACAUAUUCAAGGCCCCUUUUAAACGCAAAGCUCCGUCCCCAGGUCAUUCUUUGUUGUGCACUGAUUCACAAAACAGAGGCAGGGCCAAUGGGACCUCACACAUCCACAGGACCUCCAGCACCUCUUCUGUGCACCUCUCUGCCGCUGACCGCAGGGGCAGCCCUAUCAAAACAAAAGGCCCCAUGAGUAAACUGGUAGGCAGCAUGACUGAUCUAUCUAUGCGGCGGCGGCAGAAUCCCUCUCCCAGCCCCACAUCUCCCACGCCCAUGUCCCCCCUGAGUCGCUUGCAUGACAACUACUCUCGACGCCUGCCUUGUGUUCAGAGCACAGAGCGACAGCGCAGACCCUCUCCCAUCAGAGCCAGGGUUCUGCCUGUCGAAAUCCCCCCAGAAAGUGACAUCAGCAUUCACCAAGUCCUCAUCAGCCCUGUGAGUUUGAGAAACUCAGAGAAAACAGAUCUGUCCUCCCCAGGCCCUCUCUGUGAGUCGGUCAAUCCAUCCUCAAAUAAAAAUUGUCACCACAUGGACACACGUGAAGUACCUCCACUGGACACGCAUGACCGAACAAGCAUCCAAGACCUGACCGUCACUUCACUACUCAACCAGGUAACAUCAGAUAAACAUGGGAGGGAAACCCUUCUUCAAAGUGAGGAACUCUCCCCCACACCCACCAGCACCCCCCCUGUCUCCCCUAUGAGCCUCUGCGAAUCGCCCACAUCUCCCACAGACAGGCCCACAUCUCCCACAGAAGAGCACCCAGCAGACACCUCUGUGCAGCGCAGGAGACGAGGGCGGCACCCCAGACUGCGGCCAGUCUCGGACUAUGGCCAGCUUUCACAGAAGCAGUGUAUUCCUGAGGAGCUGCUAUGUGAUAGGGCAAACGGCAUGUUACCUGAUUGUCAUGGUAGAAAUGUGUGUGAAGCAGGCAAGAGCACAGAGGACUCCUGUGUGGACAGUGACACUCAGCUGACCAGGCCCCGGCCUAUUUCAGUGAUUGGAGUCUUGGAUGUGUUUGGUGGAGAGGAGAAGGGCGACCAGCCUCCCUCUCCCCUUCCUCGGCCACCCAUCCCGUCGCACCGGGUGCCCCCCUACAGAGCAGUGUCUGCCAGGUUUCGCCCCUCAGUCCUGUCCCAGAGCACCCCCAUCGGCCUGGACCGUGUCGGACGGAGGAAAUUCCACAGAGUGCUCAGUGAUGGCAUGUCACAGUGUUCGGUGACUCUUGAUGACAGUGUGAGUGAAGAGGAAGAGGAGGGAAGUUUUGAUGAGCUCACUGAUGUUACUCCAUAUCUGCAGCCAGGGGUGGAGCUCUCGGUGCUCAAUGAGUGGAUAAACUCUGGUCAUGCCGUGUACGCUGAGGCUCUCUGGGAUCAUGUGACCAUGGAGGAGCAGGAGCUGGCCUUUAAGGCUGGAGACGUGGUCCGUGUCCUGGAUGCGUCCCACAGCGAGUGGUGGUGGGGCAGGGGCCCUGACAGGGAGGCCUGGUUUCCCUCAUGUUUUGUCAGGGUACGCGUCAACCAAGAAGACUCUAGUACAGAGAGCGUAGAAAGUGUUGCAGAUCAAGAAAAUCCAGCACCUAAAGAUUCCCACCACAGCACCCACCACAAGGAACAAAUGAGAACAAAUGUGGUCCAGGAAAUCAUGAACACAGAGCGCAUCUACAUCAAACACCUCAAAGACAUCUGUGAGGGUUACAUUCGUCAAUGCCGUAAACAUCCAGAUAUGUUUACAGAGUCACAGCUGAAGACUAUCUUUAGUAACAUUGAAGAUAUCUACAAGUUUCAGAGACAGUUUCUUAAAGAUCUUGAGAAACAGUAUAAUAAAGACCAACCCCACCUCAGUGAGAUAGGCUCCUGUUUCCUACUGCAGGGGGAGGGUUUUUCGAUCUACUCUGAGUACUGUAACACUCACCCAGCAGCCUGUGCUGAGCUCCAGCGCCUCAUGAAGUCUGGACGUUAUAAGCACUUUUUUGAGGCCUGUCGGCUUCUUCAGCAGAUGAUUGACAUUUCAAUAGCUGGGUUUCUACUAACACCUGUACAGAAAAUUUGUAAAUAUCCUCUGCAGCUGGGAGAACUGCUUAAAUAUACUCCCAAAAAUCACAGUGACUACAGCGGAGUGAGUCAAGCCUACGAGGCAAUGAAGAACGUAGCCAGUCUCAUAAAUGAGAGGAAGAGGAGGCUGGAAAGCAUUGACACCAUUGCUCACUGGCAGGUGUCUAUUCUGCACUGGGAGGGACCAGACAUUUUGGAACUCAGCUCUGACCUCAUUCACUCUGGUGAAAUGACUCUAAUCAUCCGUUAUGGCAAAAUGCAGCAGCGCAGUUUCUUCCUCUUUGACCACCAGCUGGUGUUCUGUAAAAAGGACAUCCUGCGCAGAGACCUGCUGCACUACCGUGGGCGUCUGAACAUGGACCAGACUGAGGUGCUGGAUGUGCCUGAUAGACGGGACUCGGACCUGGGACUGACUUUAAAAAAUGCCUUGCGGCUGAGAAACGCCUCCACACUGGAAUUCAUGUGCAUGGUCUGCUGCAAAAAAGCACAGGACAAACAGAGGUGGUUAGAAGCCUUUGCCAAAGAGCGACUUAGGGUCAAGGAGGAUCAGGAGAUGGGGAUGGAGAUCAGUGAAGAGCAACGAAAACGGGCCAUUGUGAAUGCCAGAAGAGCCAAACAGGGGAAGUUCAAAUCUCUUGGAUACUCCGGUUCUGUCCCGCCUCACCACCAUAACAUCCUGCCCCUGCACCAGCGCCACAUCAGCAUCCCGCCCAGUGUGCCCCAGCAGCAGGUCUUCUCACUGGCUGAGCCGCCCAGGAGGAAGCCUUACCACCUGCUCUACAGCAUCACCCGCAAUGCCUUUUUCCGAAAAUGAAGAACCUUUCUUUUGUCCGUCAUCUUUUUAUCUGUACCAUCCUUGAAGUCACAUGAACACUUUAUCUUUGUACAUUUUGCUUGUGAAUGUAUGUGAAGUCGUGCCUUAAGUGUUGUCUUUUUGUUUAUUGUUUAUGUCUGUUUUAUUGAGAAGCUGCUCACACACCCUACACAUAUCCCGUCCCUUAUUAUUAACUCUAGAUGCAGUGUUUUAAUAUUGUCCUUUGGUUUUAGUGUAUUUUACGAGGGCUGGAUCCUUUUUGCUGUGACUUUUCAGCUCUGAGCAAACCAAACACCCAAAGGAUAAUCAAAUUAAUAAUUGUUAACAAUGUAAAUAAAACUCUUGUACAAACAUCA